UCCUGAUUUCCAUGGCAACAGUCCACAUCAACUCUGAUCUUGUAUUGCCUUGAAAACUUUACUUCUGGGCAGCUCGGGAACAGCAGAGGUGAUCUCCUAAAGAUGUCUGAUUCAGAAGAGUUUGAAGAAGAGCAGGCCAAUGCUGCAGAUGAAGAAACAAAUGAAUCUGGAGCAGAACAAGACCACACUGAGGAGGACAACAAAGAACACGAGGAGGGGGAAGAAGAAGAAGAGCACAAGGAGAAGGAAGAAGAGGAGCAACCACCUCAGCACCCACUGACUGAAGAUAUGCUUGCUGAUGGCCUUUCGCUUCUCUGCAAAACUGGCAAUGGGUUGGCACAUGCAUAUGUGAAACUUGACCUUGUCGACAAGGGACUGACUGAUAUAAACCUUUUGAAGGCUUAUAUCCAUCUGCGUAUUGUGGACAUCUCAUCUAACCAGCUGCGUGACCUUUCCCCCCUGAAUAGCUUGACCCAGCUGCUGAUGCUCAAGGCGGAUCAGAACCAGUUGACCAGUGCCAGACUUGCUGAGAUGCCAUAUCUUCAAAUGGCCAGCUUUGCCCAUAACCAGAUCAUUGACACUGAGGGCCUCGGACAGCCUCAACUGGAGGCACUCAACCUUAUAGGUAAUCGGAUUAAGGUUGUGUCCGGUCUCAAUUAUGGAAAACUGACAAAUCUCCACACUCUAGAACUGAGGGGAAACCAGCUGGAAUCCACAGAUGGUCUCUACUUACCCAGUCUGAAAAAGCUCUACUUGGCUCAGAAUACAAUUAAACAUAUUGAAGGACUAGAGCGGCUGGAGCGCCUGACUAUACUGCACCUACGAGACAACCAAUUAGAAGAUCUUUCUGGAUUCUCUGAAAAUAUGAAGGCCCUUCAGUACCUUAACAUCAGAGGCAACUUAAUAUCAAAUACAAAGAUAGUGAAGAAGCUAAAAUGUCUGCCAAUGUUGCGGGCACUGGUGCUGUCUGAAAACCCCUGUACAGACAAUGAGGAUUACCGUGUAGACAUUUUGGUGGCACUGAGCACACUAGAAAGGCUGGACAAGGACACCGUGACCGAAGAGGAGAAGGAGGAAGUGGAGGAACUUCGUGAGAAGCAGAGACAGGAGGAGCUAGACACAGAGGUUGUCAGUGACACGUACCCAGAAGGGGGAAGCAUACAAACAGAUGACUGAAAAGUUUCUUUUCAUAUACUUUGGUGAUUAUCUGACUGAUGACAGACGUUAAUCAAUUAACUCAGAAACAACUAUUCAGAAUGUCACAUGUUUGGGGCAGCAUAACCGUUUGCACCAUAGUCAUUCCAUUUGAUUGUAAGCCUAAAGUCACGAAGUGACACUACUGAGACCGAACUUUGGUAUUACUGCCAAAAUAAACAAAUUCUGUUAGGUUACAUUUUAUAUAUGUUGUUAUUGACCAAGAAAAAGCACACUAAACAAACUACAUUCUUACCUGUUUGUCUUAUUUAGCCUUCAAACAGAUGUAAAAAAGCAAAUAAGUAUUGAUUUCAUCACAUGCAUUUGUUACAAAUAUGAUGUAAUAAAACAGUGAAACAUG